AUUUACCUUACUAUCAGUAUCAUGGCUGUAAAGAACUGUGAAACUGUUAUAUGGAGAGUUGUCGAUUUUUAUGUUAUUAUCACGCUGAUAUUGACAUAUUUUAAGGAAGUAGGUGGUGCAAAUUACCAUUAUGGUGUUCUUGCUGCCGAGUCCUCAUCAGAAAGUAAAAAUUUUUGUAUUAUGUACCUUGAAGACUUCUUACCCUUGCCAACUGUCAAGCAGAAAGAGGACUUUAGGCCACUCCUUGACCAGUCUAACAGAGAAUUCUGUGACACACCACCACCUGAAUAUCACCCCAGUUUUGAAGAAAAAGUAGUUCUGGUGAGAACAAGCAACUGUAGUGUGGUAUCUCAGGCUCAGGUAGUACAGAAUUUGGGUGGAGCAGGAUUACUGGUAACUGUUCCUGAAGAAAACAUGAGUGCAGUAGAGGGUAACAGCUCCCUAGCACAGGACAUCAACAUUACAGUGGCUUUGAUUUCUGAUAGCUCUGUUCGUCAACUUGAGAACCUAAGUGCUGAUGUCAGGGUUUUGCUUUUUGCCCCUGAUUCAUUCAACGUUGAUUUUAGUCUUUUUAUCAUCUGGGUUGUAGCAGUAUUCACUGUAGCAGUAGGAUCAUGCUGGUCAGGACUUGUGAAACAGUCAUUGCACUUAAAGGAGACUACCAAAUUGUCAGGUACUGAAAUAGAGCAUCAUGGAAAGCCGCAAACACCACGUGAGUCUGAAGAGAGUUCAAUGAGGAUUACACCAAUUCUAGUUGCAGUGUUUGUUCUUUGUAUGGGUGCGAUGUUGCUCUUAUUGUACUUUUUCUUUGACUACUUAGUUUACUUUAUCAUCAGUUUGUUUGUUCUUGCAUCCAUGGUAUCUGUGUACAGUUGUCUGGAACCUUGCAUGAAAAGACUUUCAAUAGGAACAUGCAGACUUCCACCAGUUAACUUCCUGUGUUUCAAAGGAAGCUUAGAAGUGUAUCAAGUGGUGGUAUUUUUGUUUGCUGUUGCACUUACUGUUUCUUGGGUAAUCAUUAGGAAAGAAAGCUAUUCUUGGAUUCUUCAAGACAUUUUGGGGAUUGCAUUCAGCAUAAAUAUGUUAAAGUCUGUAAGACUUCCCAGCUUAAAGAUUUGUACAAUUCUUCUAGUACUCCUUUUCUUCUAUGAUAUCUUCUUUGUGUUUAUUACACCAUUUUUAACCGUGUUCUUUUCUUUGCAGAAAGGAGAAAGCGUUAUGGUGGAAGUAGCUACAGGAGGAAGUAGCCAAGAAGUGCUUCCUAUGGUGCUACGUGUACCUCACUUCAACUUUGACCCAAUGUCAGUGUGCUAUAAGCAGUAUUCUCUACUAGGAUUUGGUGACAUUCUAGUUCCUGGUCUCUUAGUUGCAUACUGUCAUGGAUAUGACUUGUUAGUUGGAAACAGGAGAGUCUAUUUUAUCACAACAACUGUAUGUUAUGGUUUGGGCCUGAUAAUCACAUUUUUUGGCCUGUAUUUAAUGAGAACUCCACAGCCUGCAUUACUGUAUUUAGUUCCUGCCACUUUGAUACCUCCUAUACUACUAGGUUUGGUACGAAAAGAACUUAGCCAUAUCUGGAAUGGUUACAAGUAUGCAGGGAAUGAACAGGAUUUAGCUACUCCUCCAGUAGAGAUUGUAGAGCCUGUACCAACUGUUACCAAUAAUGAGAAUGAGGAGAACAAUCCAGUUUUUUCUAGAGAAGGCAGUGGUGCUUCCAGUGAAUAUACAGAAUACAAGAACUUGCUGCAUUCAUGAUUAGGGGUAUAAGAAAACUGUUCACAAAAUAACUAUGUAUAGAUUUUACAUAUUUCAGGAUCUGGUUGAGUCAAAACUGCCACUAUACAUGGCUGAAAUAUCACACAGGGUUUACACCACACAGCUGCCUGUGGCUUGGGUGGAAUAUUUAAAUAUUUUACUUCACACUUCUAGUGAUGUAAGCUGGAUCCUUCAAAGUGUGUUUCUAGCAGCACAAGUGUUUCCGUUUUUCACUUUUGAAAAUCUAUUUAUGUCUAGUUGAGUGUUGAUAAAAGAGUAGAGAGCUUUUAUGAUGGUAGAUGGCAGUAUAUGUUCUUUCAGCUAGACUGGUUAUAACAGCACAAGCUAGAUAACCCCUUUGUGUAGCUGCUUAAUGAAAAACAUGCACAGAAAUAGAACUAGCACACAGUAUGGUAAUUUAAAGCUGAUUUUACAGUUUGCAUGAAUAUGCCAGUGAAAGAAUGAAUUUUUAGAUAACCAUUAUUAUUGUUAUUAGUGUUUCCAUACAGAGAAAGGAAAUAAAUUUUAGAAACUGUGUAGUAGGGUGAAGAUAAAAAAAAGCAAGGAUAAUAUGUUGCAGUGGUUGGGUAACUGUUUAUUGAAAAUUACAAGAAAUCCAAGAUGAGUUUAAAAACAUAAAUAGGUUUUACACACUUUUAAUUUCCUUUUUUUUUAAUAUUACCAACAGGGUAAGAGUUUUAAAGAGUAUUUAAUCUCAUAAUUGAAUAUUACUUUUAAUAAAAUUUUAUUGCAAUGAUUAAGUUUGCCAGAACAUUUACUGAAGAAUACGGGCUAGAUAGUGUACAAAUUCUGUUAUAUUUAUUUGUUACAGAUAUUUAUGAACAUAGAUUUUUUUUUUUUGAGUACAGAAAAUGAGAUUGGUAGCUUAGAUUCAAAAGAAAACAUUAUAAUUAAAAUUAGAGUUAUAUUAAUUUGAACACUAUUCUUGUACAUUACUAAAGCCAAUAUCAUAUCUUUUUACAUCCAAACAAUUCGGUGGUUUUUGAAUAGUAAAGGAUUUUAGUUUAGUUUCAGUAAUUUACAGGAAAAGAUCUAGACAAAAUCUCGUCACAAUAUAACACAGUUGAUACAAACAUAGUGAAUUUUAUUCGUACUGACAGUGAAGUUUUAACAAGAAACGUUUAUUAACUGAGCUUUUAUUUAAUGUUUUUAAUUUUUCCUGCAGUAGAAAUAUGGCAGUACAUUAUCAAAAUGUUGAAGACAUUAUCUUGUAGUAUGGUCGUAGAGGACAAAGGUCACGUAUGAGUUAUAGAUUACAUGUUAUGAUUGACGACAUUAUCUUGUAGUAUGGUCGUAGAGGACAAAAGUCACGUAUGAGUUAUAGAUUACAUGUUAUGAUUGACGAC